AUGAAAUUAAUUCUCCCUCAAAGCUUGUCUCUUUGCACCGCUGCACUCGCUGCUCUUGCUAAGACCAGCCCCUCACAGCAAGAAUUGCUCGUCGGCGAGGACUUUAUGGCCCAACAAGACAACAGAAUCCCCGGCCACAACGAUGCCAUCUACGACACUGUACCUAAGGAUGACCAGAUAUUCAAGAUUGAAUUCCUAGAGAUUGCCCCGACACCUAUUAUCGCUGACCGUGUCUUCUUUGUCUACCUACGCGGUUAUCUACCCGAAUCUAAAAAGAAGGAACUAUCACUUUCUGACGAGGGCCUCAUUAAUGCAACCCUCAAAGUGAGCGCCUCUACUGUCUAUCCGGAUGGUAGUCAUGAUAAUGAGGACUCCACUACAGGGGCAUUGAAGACUACGCCCUUUAAUGAUCUAGCCCACCUGACUAUUCGUAAUACCUAUGGAGUUCAGGUUGACUACAUGCCUACUAGCGGCCGCAGUGAUAUUUUACUAGAUUUUCAGAUUCCUACAAUGUUUUUGAGGAGUGAAGGGGGCCUUAAAUAG